AAUCAAGUUUUAAAAAAGACGAAUCUUCACAAAAUCCAUGAGAAAUAUAGUACAAAACCAGUGCCGCUUUUCACAGGUCACCCUUCAACCACAUCACCACAAUACUUCUCACAUUCACACACGAGUGCUCAACACCGAGCUGAGUAGUGCAACCACGCGCCGCGGCUCACCGUUGAGGCGCGUAAAGGCAACCCAUGCCGCCGCCGGAGAAGCCGCUGCCGCCGCCGGAGAAGCCGCUGCCGCUGCCGCGGCCGGAGCCAAAGCCCGAGCCUAAGCCCGAGCCAAGGCUGAAGCCAAGGCCGCGGCCGGAGCCGGAGCCGGAGCGGGGCGGGACCCCGGGCGACGUCCCGUUCCCGCCGGACCCCCUCGCCUGCGCAACGAACUGCUCCGACUCAUGCGCCCACUACCACUUCUGCCUACCGGCGCCGCCGCCGCCGUCGCCUGCCGCCACCGUGCACCUCCGCUCGAGCCGCUUCCCGACCCCGCUCAUCGCGCUCUCGGCGUCCCUGCUCGCCGUCUCCGCGGUUCUUCUCCUCGCGCUGCUCGUUCACCGGCUGGUGCGGCGGUGGCGAAGGAGGCGGGGGCAGGCCGCGCAGCAUGAGGCGCCGCUGACGCAGGACGACGAGGAGGGGGGCCAGGUACUGGCUGCGGUGGCGGAGGAGGUCGACGGCGGGGUGCACCACGCGUGGUACAUACGGACCAAGGGGCUCGACGAGCGCGCCAUCGCGGCCAUCGCCGCGGUGGUGUACGACGCCAAGAAGCGCGGCGCCGCUCUUGGCGGAGGGGACGGGGACGGCAGCUGCGCGGUGUGCCUCGCGGAGUUCCAGGACGGCGAGACGCUGCGGCUGCUGCCGCGGUGCGGACACGCGUUCCACCGCAGGUGCAUCGACACCUGGCUCCGUGCCCACGUCAACUGCCCGCUCUGCCGCGCGCCCGUGCAGGUCACUGCCGCCGCCGCCGCCGCCAACGCCAGGACGGGCGCGGCCGCUGCCGCUCCCCGCGUCGAGGCUGAGGCAAAUCUUGGCGCCGUUAGUGGCGCUCAAACCGAGGAUACCGCUCGUGGCGGCUCGCCGGAGACGGCCGUCAGGCGGGCCGUGUCCAUGGUGGCGCUGCCGCAGCGACCUUGGCCGGACGUCUCGCUCCGUGCGCCGGCGUCGAACAGCGGGCGCGAGGAGGAGAUGACGGGGCUCGGCAAGAUCAGGAGGCUGGUGAAAUUCUCAGAAGCGUUGGAGAUGGCCGGAAGGUCCGGAAUCGGGGUAGGAAGGUCGAUCUCAUUCGGCGCCACAAGCUGCCAACGUUUGCCGGCAAGGUCCGGCCCGUCUGCCGCCGGCGUCAACGGCGAUGAAACGGAAAUAUCACAGUGAGUUGCUAGGAGAUGAUGACGAAUUGGUGAUGGUGAAGUGCUGGGCAGUUGCAGUUUGGAGGCUUGAGGUUGGUGUUGGUUUGCAAAGUUUUGUACGCCACAAGGGAAAGUAAAAAUGCAAUCUUUCCUAGUUACAUGUGUGAUUAGUAAUAACAAGUAAAUAACUCGAGUUUGUGCAUACACUGCGGAGCGUCAGAAAUUGUAAAUAAGGAUUCCUGACAAAGAGAAGUUUUGUAUGCGAGAUUGCGAUACGCGUCGAUCUGUGAGAUAUAAGAGAUCACUCCUGUUCAGUGCGGUUCGCGAAUGUCUGAAUGAUAUGAAUGAACUGAUUACAUCUGUUGCUUCAAU